AUGGCGUGGAACAUAUCUACACUCUGUGUUCUGGCCCUGGCUUUGACCUGUGGCCUCCAUGUGAACGCAGUGAGGGUGCGCCGAAGCAACCAUGUCAGCAACAUUUGUAGCAUGUGGGGAAAUUUCCACUUUAAGACGUUUGAUGGAGAUGUCUACCAGUUCCAAGGCACUUGUGAAUAUAACCUUGUCUCUGACUGCCAAGGGCCUGUGCAGGGUUUCUCUGUACAUGUGAAAAGAGCACAGACUCCUGGAAACCCAGAAAUCACCAGAGUGAUGGUCACUAUAGGAGCCAUUAGCAUUGAGCUCACCAAGAAACUGGUUAUGGUUAACAGUGAUGUUGUAAAACUACCACACUAUGUAGCGGGGGUGAUGCUUGAAGAGAACCCUAUCUACAUGAAACUUUAUGCCAAACUGGGCCUCAGUGUCACAUGGAAUAGAGAUGAUGCUGUCAUGGUGGAAGUGGACAGUAAAUAUUCUAAUCGUACCUGUGGACUUUGUGGAGAUUUCAAUGGGAUUCCUGUUUAUAAUGAGUUUUUAAGUGAUGGUCGUGUAACUGGUUUCAUUGAAUUUGGCAACAAACACAGGAUUCACAACCCCAAUGACAAUUGCGAGGACCCUUAUGAAACAUUUGAGCGUAAAGCAAACCCACUCGACAAGUGCCAACCAUUUCGAGAUGAGUGUUCUGAGCUGCUUUUGGGUGAACCCUGGUCCUCCUGUAGAAGUGUUUUAAGUCCAGAGCCUUAUGUCCAAGCCUGCAUGAUGGACAAGUGCAUGAGUCACCCAGGGGACACUGAGGACACUGUGUCUCUCUGCAGCACCCUGUCUGAGUACUCCCGGCAGUGCUCCCAUUCAGGGGGAAGACCACCCAACUGGAGAAAACCAACCUUCUGUGCUGUAACGUGCCCUUUUAACAUGGAGUACUCUGAGAGUGGUUCCCCCUGUGUUGACACGUGCACACACGCCGACACCAGCUCAUUGUGUGAGGAGCACAAGAUGGAUGGCUGCUUCUGCCCACCUGGUACUGUGUUUGAUGAUAUCUCUGAGAGAGGCUGUAUCCCUCAGGAACAGUGCCAGUGUAAGCACGACAAGGUGUACAACCCUGAAGAGGUUCUGCUCAAGAACGAUCAAGAAUGUCUGUGUGAACAGGGGAAAUGGAUCUGCCAGAGUCUGUCCAUCCCAGGUGUGUGUGCAAUGGAGGAGGGUUCUCACUUCACUACAUUUGAUGGAAAAGAAUUUACCUUCCAUGGGAACUGCUAUUAUGUUCUUUCAAAGGACUGUGUGGACUCUAAGUUCAUUCUAUUGGGACAGCUUAUUCCCUGUGUUGCCAAUCCUUCAGACACGUGCUUGAAAUCAAUUGCAUUACUACGCAACAAUGACACGAGUAAUGCCUUAAUCAUCAAAGACGAUGGCAUAGUAAGGCAAAAUGGAGAUCUAACACUCCCAUACACCACUGCUGAAUUCACCGUAUUCAGACCAUCGUCCUUCCACAUAAUGUUGCAGACCAGUUUUGGGCUUCAGGUCCAGGUGCAGGUUGUUCCCCUCAUGCAGCUUUACAUCACCCUGGAUCAGAGCUUCCACACCAAGACCUGUGGUCUGUGUGGAAACUUUAACUUGGUGCUGUCUGAUGAACUGAUGACUCCACAAGGUGUAGUUGAAGGGACAGCCACAUCAUUUGCGAAUUCCUGGAAGGCUCAGUCCAAUUGUCCUGACCAAACUGAGAGGCUUGAUGACCCCUGCAGCUACAGCAUAGACAGCGAGAGCUAUGCAGAGCACUGGUGCUCUAACCUGAAGGACAAGGAAGGUGUUUUUGCCAAAUGCCAUUCUGCUGUUAACCCAGAAAAGUACUACAAGAGGUGUAAAUAUUCAAGUUGCACAUGUGAGAAGAGCGAGGACUGUUUGUGCGCUGUCUUCUCCUCCUACGUUCGAGCGUGUGCAGCAAAGGGGGUGUUUCUGCAAGGCUGGAGAGAAACUGUGUGCGACAAAUACACUAAAAGCUGCCCAGCUUCCCAGACUUUCACAUACAAGCUUCAGCAAUGUCAGCGCACAUGUGACUCCCUUAGCCUUGAUCGUCAGGGCUGUAGCACUGACUACGUGCCUGUGGAUGGGUGUGCCUGUCCAGAAGGGCUUUAUGAGGGUGAAAAUGGUGUUUGUGUGCCCAUGGACAAAUGCCCCUGCUAUUACAAUGGAGAGCACAUUAAACCUGGCAAAUCAAUCAACAUUAAAAAUGAGCACUGUAUUUGUACAAAUGGAAAGCUUCAGUGCCAAUCCUGGACAUCUCAUAUUGAAGACUGUCCUGCUCCAAAGGUCUUUUUCAACUGCAGUACAGCAGGGCUGAAUGAGCAUGGGUUAGAGUGUGCACAAACAUGUGCACAAAAGGAUUGUUAUCUUGCAGACUGUGAGUCAGGGUGUCAGUGUCCCACAGGUCUGCUUGAUGAUGGUCGUGGUUCCUGUGUUAAGGAGCAUGAUUGCCCUUGCAAACAUAACAAUGACUUUUAUGCUCCAGGUUCUCAAAUUCCAGAAGAGUGUAACACAUGCAUCUGUAAACAUGGCAAGUGGAAUUGCACUGAGAAAAAAUGCCCUGGCACCUGCACAAUCUAUGGCAGUGGACAUUACAAAACUUUCGAUAAGCAACGAUUUGGUUUUAGUGGAGACUGUAGUUACAUAGCUCUACAGGACAAAUGUGGAAAUAAGACAGGAACAUUUCAUGUGAUCACAGAGAAUGUACCAUGUGGGACAACAGGGACUACGUGUUCCAAAGCUGUGCGGAUUGUAUUGGGAAGAACAGAGCUGGCGUUGAGUGAUGGUAUAAUAACAGAAAUUGAGGCCGAAAACGGUCCACCUGUAAAAUAUAAUGUGAGAUAUGUGGGUCUUUACCUGGUCAUAGAGUCUGAUAUUGGCUUAACAGUCCUGUGGGACCGUAAAACAACAGUCCAAAUCAUUCUUCAACCUCAGCAUAUGGGAGAGAUUUGCGGAUUAUGUGGAAACUACAAUGGAAAUGGCAAAGAUGACUUCACCACUCAAGGCUUGCUGCAUGUGUCUGAUGUUCUGGAGUUUGUAAACAGCUGGAAAGUACAAAGCAAUUGCCCUGAUGCUAAGCCAGAUUUUGAUCCCUGUUUUAAAACACCUAACCGCCACACUUGGGCAAAACUUCAGUGUAGCAUUAUUAAAUCUGACACUUUUAAAGACUGCCACAAUAAGGUGGAAUGGACCCCAUAUUUUGAAAACUGUGUAAAAGAUUCAUGUUCAUGUGACACUGGUGGCGACUGUGAAUGUUUUUGCACUGCUGUGGCAGCUUAUGCACAAGCCUGUAAUGAAGCAGGCGUCUGUGUGGCCUGGAGAACCCCAGACAUCUGUCCUGUGUUCUGUGACUACUACAAUUAUAAAUUUAACUGCACAUGGCACUACAGUCCCUGUCACACACCAUGCUACAGAACCUGUCUCAACCCUAGUGGCACCUGCACCAACCCUUUACCUAAUGUGGAAGGAUGUUAUCCCAACUGUCCAGAAGAUAAGCCUUUUUUUGAUGAGAAGAAUCAAAUUUGCACUCCUACGUGUCCAACACCACCACUAACAACUACAACUCCUGUACCCACUACAAUAACUGAGUCAACAUCCACUGGAACAACUGCAACAGUUGUGACAACAACUACUGUGCCAAGUACAACAACAAAAACACAAACACCACCAACACCUACAACUCCUGUACCAACUACAACAACUACAAGAAGUACAACCACACCAUGCAUGGAAAAAUGUGAAUGGUCUGACUGGAUCAAUGUGUAUAACCCAGCAGAUGGAGGAGGAAAUGAUUUGGAAACAUAUGAAAAUAUAAAAAAAAAUAAAACUGAGAUAUGUGAAAAUCCAGAAGACAUCAAGUGCAGAGCAGUUAUAAGUCCUGAUAUGUCUCUUGAAGAAUUUGUGCAAAUUACAGGUCAGGUUGUGCAGUGCAAUGUUUCAUUUGGAUUAGUGUGUAGGAAGAAAAAUCAGACAACAAGACCAUACAAAUGUUUUGAUUAUGAAAUUAGAGUACUCUGUUGUGAUUGUUCAAUACCAUCAACAUCAACUCCUCUACCAACUACAACACCAACUACAACUCCUCUACCGACUACGACUGAGAGUACUUCAACUCCUCCAAAACCAACAACAACUCCUCUACCAACUGCAACAACUGAGAGUACUACAACUCCUCCAACACCAACUACAACUACUCUACCAACUACAACAACUGAGAGUACUUCAACUCCUCCAACACCACCAACAACUACAACAACUAAGAGUACUACAACUCCUUCAACACCAACUACAACUCAUGCAACAACUACAACAACUAAGAGUACUUCAACUCUUUCAACACCAACUACAACUCCUCUACCAACUACAACAACUGAGAGUACUUCAACUCUUUCAACACCAACUACAACUCCUCUACCAACUACAACAACUGAGAGUACUUCAACUCCUUCAACACCACCAACAACUACAACAACUGAGAGUACUACAACUCCUCCAACACCAACUACAACUCCUCUACCAACUACAACAACUGAGAGUACUUCAACUCCUUCAACACCACCAACAACUACAACAACUGAGAGUACUUCAACUCCUCCAACACCACCAACAACUACAACAACUGAGAGUACUACGACCCCUCCAACACCAACUACAACUCCUCUACCAACUACAACAACUGAGAGUACUUCAACUCCUCCAAAACCAACAACAACUCCUCUACCAACUACAACAACUAAAAGUACUACAACUCCUUCAACACCAACUACAACUCCUCUACCAACUACAACAAUUGAGAGUACUUCAACUCCUCCAACACCACCAACAACAACUACAACAACUGAGAGUACUACAACUCCUCCAACACCAAUAACACCAACUACAACUCCUCUACCAACUACAACGACUGAGAGUACUUCAACUCCUUCAAAACCAACAACAACUCCUCUACCAACUACAACAACUGAGAGUACUACAACUCCUGUACCAACUACAACAAUUGAAAGUACUUCAACUCCUCUAACACCACCAACAACUACAACAACUGAGAGUACUACAACUCCUCCAACACCAACUACAACUCCUCUACCAACUACAACAACUGAGAGUACUUCAACUCCUCCAACACCACCAACAACUACAACAACUGAGAGUACUACGACCCCUCCAACACCAACUACAACUCCUCUACCAACUACAACAACUGAGAGUACUUCAACUCCUCCUCUACCAACUACAACUCCUCUACCAACUACAACAACUGAGAGUACUUCAACUCCUCCUCUACCAACAACAACUCCUCUACCAACUACAACAACUAAAAGUACUACAACUCCUUCAACACCAACUACAACUCCUUUACCAACUACAACAAUUGAGAGUACUUCAACUCCUCCAACAACAACUACAACAACUGAGAGUACUACAACUCCUCCAACACCAAUACCACCAACUACAACUUCUGUACCAACUACAACAAUCGAGACUACUUUAACUCCUCCAACACCACCAACAACUACAACAACUGAGAGUACUACAACUCCUCCAACACCAACUACAACUCCUCUACCAACUACAACAACUGAGAGUACUUCAACUCCUCCAACACCACCACCAACUACAACAACUGAGAGUACUACAACUCCUCCAACACCAACUACAACUUCUCUACCAACUACAACAACUGAGAGUACUUCAACUCCUCCAACACCACCACCAACUACAACAACUGAGAGUACUACAACUCCUCCAACACCAACUACAACUCCUCUACCAACUACAACAACUGAGAGUACUACAACUCCUCCAACACCACCAACAACUACAACAACUGAGAGUACUACAACUCCUCCAACACCAACUACAACUCCUCUACCGACUACGACUGAGAGUACUUCAACUCCUCCAAAACCAACAACAACUCCUCUACCAACUGCAACAACUGAGAGUACUACAACUCCUCCAACACCAACUACAACUACUCUACCAACUACAACAACUGAGAGUACUUCAACUCCUCCAACACCACCAACAACUACAACAACUAAGAGUACUACAACUCCUUCAACACCAACUACAACUCAUGCAACAACUACAACAACUAAGAGUACUUCAACUCUUUCAACACCAACUACAACUCCUCUACCAACUACAACAACUAAGAGUACUUCAACUCUUUCAACACCAACUACAACUCCUCUACCAACUACAACAACUGAGAGUACUUCAACUCCUUCAACACCACCAACAACUACAACAACUGAGAGUACUACAACUCCUCCAACACCACCAACAACUACAACAACUGAGAGUACUUCAACCCCUCCAAAACCAACAACAACGCCUCUACCAACUACAACAACUAAAAGUACUACAACUCCUUCAACACCAACUACAACUCCUUUACCAACUACAACAAUUGAGAGUACUUCAACUCCUCUAACACCACCAACAACAACUACAACAACUGAGAGUACUACAACUCCUUCAACAUCAAUACCACCAACUACAACUUCUGUACCAACUACAACAACUGAGACUACUUUAACUCCUCCAACACCACCAACAACUACAACAACUGAGAGUACUACAACUCCUCCAACACCAACUAUAACUCCUCUACCAAGUACAACGACUGAGAGUACUUCAACUCCUUCAAAACCAACAACAACUCCUCUACCAACUACAACAACUGAGAGUACUACAACUCCUGUACCAACUACAACAAUUGAAAGUACUUCAACUCCUCUAACACCACCAACAACUACAACAACUGAGAGUACUACAACUCCUCCAACACCAACUACAACUCCUCUACCAACUACAACAACUGAGAGUACUACAACUCCUCCAACACCAACUACAACUCCUCUACCAACUACAACAACUGAGAGUACUACAACUCCUCCAACACCACCAACAACUACAACAACUGAGAGUACUACAACUUAUAUAACACCAACUACAACUCCUCUACAAACUACAACAACUGAGAGUACUACAACUCCUGUACCAACUACAACAACUGAGAGUACUACAACUCCUGUACCAACUACAACUCCUCUACCAACUACAACAACUAAGAGUACUUCAACUCUUCCAACACCAACUACAACUCCUCUACCAACUACAACAACUGAGAGUACUUUAACUCCUCUACCCACUACAACAACUGAGAGUACCUCAACUCCUCCAACACCACAAACAACUACAACAACUGAGAGUACUACAACUCCUGUACCCACUACAAUAACUGAAAGUACUUCAACUCCUCCAACACCAGCACCAACAACUACAACUCCUCUCCCAACUACAACAACUGAGAGUACUUCAACUCCUGUACCAACUACAACAACUGAAAGUACUUCAACUCCUCUAACACCAGCACCAACAACUACAACAACUGUACCAACUACAACAACUGAAAGUACUUCAACUCCUCCAACACCAGCACCAACAACUACAACUCCUGUGCCAACUACAACAACUGAGAGUACUUCAACUCCUCCAACACCACCACCAACAACUACAACAACUGAGAGUACUACAAGUCCUCCAACACCAAUACCACCAACUACAACCUCUGUACCAAGUACAACAAUUACAACUCCUCUACCAACUACAACAACAGAAAGUACUUCAACUCCUCCAACACCAACUACAACUCCUCUACCAACUACAACAACUGAGAGUACUUUAACUCCUCCAACAACACCAACAACUACAACAACUGAAAGUACUUCAACUCCUCCAACACCACCAACAACUACAACAACUGAGAGUACUACAACGUCUGUUCCAUCUACAACAACUGAAAGUACUUCAACUCCUGUUCCAACUACAACAACUGAAAGUACUUCAACUCCUCCAACAACUACAACAACUGCGAGUACUUCAACUCCUCUACCAACUACAACAACUGAAAGUACUUCAACUCCUCCAACACCACAAACAACUACAACAACUGAGAGUACUACAACUCCUGUACCAACUACAACAACUGAAAGUACUUCAACUCCUGUACCAACUACAACAACUGAAAGUACUUCAACUCCUCUAACACCAGCAACAACAACUACAACUCCUGUACCAAAUACAACAACUGAGGGUACUACAACUCCUUCAACACCAAUACCACCAACUACAACUUCUGUACUAAGUACAACAAUUACAACUCCUCUACCAACUACAACAACUGAAAGUACUUCAACUCCUCCAACACCACCAACAACUCCUCUACCAACUACAACAACUGAGAGUACUUCAACUCCUUCAACAACUACAACAACUGAGAGUACUACAACUCCUGUACCAACUACAACAACUGAGAGUACUUCAACUCCUCCAACACCACCAACAACAACUACAACAACUGAGAGUACUACAACUCCUUCAACACCAAUACCACCAACUACAACUCCUCUACCAACUACAACAACUGAGAGUACUACAACUCCUCCAACUACAACAACUGAGAGUACUACAACUCCUCCAACAACCACAACAACUGAGAGUACUUCAACUCCUCCAACACCAACUACAACUCCUCUACCAACUACAACAACUGAGAGUAUUACAACUCCUCCAACACCACCAACAACUACAACAACUGAGAGUACUACAACUCCUCCAACACCAACUACAACUCCUCUACCAACUACAACAACUGAGAGUACUACAACUCCUGUACCCACUACAAUAACUGAAAGUACUUCAACUCCUCCAACACCAGCACCAACAACUACAACUCCUCUCCCAACUACAACAACUGAGGGUACUUCAACUCCUGUACCAACUACAACAACUGAAAGUACUUCAACUCCUCCAACACUAAUAACACCAACUACAACUCCUCUACCAACUACAACAACUGAGAGUACUUCAACUCCUGUACCAACUACAACAACUGAAAGUACUUCAACUCCUCUAACACCAGCACCAACAACUACAACAACUAGUACUUCAACUCCUCCAACACCGAUACCACCAACUACAACUCCUGUACCAACUACGACAACUGAAAGUACUUCAACUCCUCUACCAACUACAACAACUGAGAGUACUUUAACUCCUCCAACAACACCAACAACUACAACAACUGAAAGUACUUCAACUCCUCCAACACCACCAACAACUACAACAACUGAGAGUACUACAACUCCUGUUCCAACUACAACAACUGAAAGUACUUCAACUCCUGUUCCAACUACAACAACUGAAAGUACUUCAACUCCUGUUCCAACUACAACAACUGAAAGUACUUCAACUCCUGUUCCAACUACAACAACUGAAAGUACUUCAACUCCUCCAACACCACCAACAACUACAACAACUGAGAGUACUACAACUCCUGUUCCAACUACAACAACUGGAAGUACUUCAACUCCUGUACCAACUACAACAACUGAAAGUACUUCAACUCCUCCAACACCAAUGCCACCAACUACAACAACUGAAAGUACUUCAACUCCUAUACCAACUACAACAACUGAGAGUACUUCAACUCCUCCAACACCAGCAACAACAACUACAACUCCUGUACCAACUACAACAACUGAGGGUACUACAACUCCUCCAACACCAAUACCACCAACUACAACUUCUGUACCAAGUACAACAACUACAACUCCUCUACCAACUACAACUGAAAGUACUUCAACUCCUUCAACACCAACUACAACUCCUCUACCAACUACAACAACUGAGAGUACUUCAACUCCUCCAACUCCAAUACCACCAACAACAACUCCUCCAACACCACCAAUAACAACUACAACAACUGAGAGUACUACAACUCCUCCAACACCAACACCACCAACUACAACUUCUGUACCAAGUACAACAACUACAACUCCUCUACCAACUACAACAACUGAGAGUACUUCAACUCCUCCAACACCACCAACAACUUCUCCACCAACUACAACAACUGAGAGUCAUUCAACUCCUCCAACAACUACAACAACUGAGAGUACUACAACUCCUGUACCAACUACAACAACUGAGAGUACUUCAACUCCUUCAACUACAACUCCUCUACCAACUACAACAACUGGAAGUACUUCAACUCCUCCAACACCACCAACAACUACAACAACUAAGAGGACUACAACUCCUGUACCAACUACAACAACUGAAAGUACUUCAACUCCUCGAACACCAGCAACAACAUCAACUGUACCACCUACAACCAGUACACAUAUAUCAGUUAUCACAGGGGCAAUCACCACGCCCUCUUUACAAACUCACUCUCAAAUUAGUAACAUGUCAACCAUUUCUCCGCCGCCUCUGAAAAAUUGCACAGAAUGGGGAGUAACUGAAAAUGAGACGUUUGUGAUCUGUAACUGCACAAAGGCCAGGUGCAUCGAAAACUAUACUAUUGAGAUCAUUCCAUAUGAGUGUCCACCUCUUGAAAACAUCACUUGUUCAAAUGGCAAACCACCUGUGCAGGUUCCUGACAAAUAUUACUGCUGUAAAGAAAAUAAAUGUGAUUGUUUUUGUGAAGGCUGGGGUGAUCCUCACUAUAAAACAUUUGAUGGACUGUUCUAUAGUUAUCAAGGAGAAUGCACAUAUGUUUUAAUGGAGGAAAUCAGUCCUAAACACAAUUUGAAAAUCUACAUUGAUAAUGUUAAUUGUGAUCCCCGAGAAUCUGUGUCCUGCCCAAGAGCUAUCAUUGUGUCCUACAACAGUCUAGUGAUCACAUUGAAAAACCACAACCUUAUAGGAGCUGCCAAACUGGAGGCUUUAAUAGGGCAGUCUUCUCUAAACUUACCAUUUUAUCAAAGUGGUGUGAGGGUGGUGAGCUCACAGUUGAACUUAAUCCUAGAAAUUCCAGAGCUCAUGGUUGUGGUGAUGUUUGGAGUUACUGGUUUUAGUGUCAACUUGCCAUUCCAGCAUUUUGGGAACAACACACAAGGACACUGUGGUACCUGCAACAACAACCAGGCUGAUGACUGCAUGCUGCCAGGGGGGAAAAUUGUAGAUGACUGUGCAGAAAUGGCAAAUCACUGGGAAGCAAAAGACUUGAACAAGCCUGAAUGCAAACCGCCCCCACCACCUGAACCCACUAAACCUCCUUGUCCAAUCAACCCAGUCUGCGAGCUCCUGAAAAGCGAUUUGUUUAAGGAGUGUCAUCUCCACCUCCCCCCUGACAACUACAUCACUGGCUGCCAGUUUGACAGUUGUCAUAUGAGCAACCCGGCCGUGGUCUGCACCAGUCUUCAGACCUAUGCAGUAGCUUGCUCUCAGCUUGGUCUCUGUGUAAACUGGAGGGAACACACUGAUCGUUGUCCUGUUAAAUGUCCAGCAGACAAAGUGUACCAAGCCUGUGGACCUGUUCAUCCUCCAAGCUGCAAAGACAAUCCUGAAGACCAUUUUAUGAACACUACCACUGAGGGAUGUUUCUGUCCUGAUGGCACACAGCUCUUUAGUAAGGAGUCAGGAGUCUGCGUUGACAAAUGUGGAUGCUUGGACCCCUCUAGUCAAGGACGAGAGCUUGGAGAACAAUUUCAGUAUGGUUGCCAGGACUGUGUCUGUGAUAAAACAUCUGCAACAAUCACCUGUAAACCAAAGCAGUGUUCAAGCGUCCAAGUGACCUGCACCAAUCCAGGAUUUAUUGUUGUCAAUGUGACGGAUCCAUCAGAUGCCUGUUGCACUAUCCUUACCUGCCGCUGCGAGAGCAGCACCUGCCCAAGUAUAAAGGACAGUUGUCCAGUCGGCUACACUCCUGUACUCAAAGCGCCCGAAGGAAAUUGCUGCCCUGAAUUAACAUGCGAACCAAAGAAGGUCUGUGUUCAUAAAGGACUGGAGUAUGAGCCUGGUACUUUAGUUCCUGUUGUUGAUUGCCAAGAGUGUCACUGCACCUGGGAUGUGAAUUCAAAAACAGAACUGUAUAAGAUCCAGUGCGGAUUUGUGACUUGCAAUGAAAACUGUGAUCCAGGCUAUGUGUAUGUGGAAUCAAACACUACUGAAUGCUGUGGAAAAUGUGUACAGAAUAAAUGUGUCAUUAACAAUAAUGGCACAGUACACACACUGGAGAGUGGAGCAACAUGGACCCCUUCACAUGAUGCCUGUAAUAAGUUCAUCUGCACCAUAAUUGAUGGACAAUAUGUUACUACUAACUACAAAGUCCAGUGUCCACCAUUCAGCAUUGACGAUUGCCAGCCUGGUACCGUGCAGCUUUCUGCAGAUCGCUGCUGCAGAGUCUGUGAGGGGAAGGACACUGGAUGUAAAGUACAGACCACCUUGGAUUACAUCACUUAUAACAACUGCAGGUCAAAGACCACAGUGGCACAAACAUACUGUCAAGGACACUGUAACUCCUACAGCAAGUACACUGAGAUGGGCUCUUCAUCUUGUAGCUGUUGCCAAGCAAGCCUCACCAGCAACCGCACAGUGAAUCUGGACUGCAUUAAUGGAGAUUCAAUAGCUCACACCUACUUCCAUGUGGAGGCAUGCAACUGUAACCAGGCUAAUUGUCUCAAGGACCAGGACACACACAUUUACAUAGGAGAUAGUCGACGGAGACGCAGCAUCAAACUUCCCUAAGGAUGUACUGUGACCACAGUAUCAUAAAAACAUCAGCCACAAAGAUUUCUAUGUUUUUCUUUUUUUCUCUAUUUUAAAAAGAUUUAAUAGGCUCUAUCAUGAUUAUUUUUCAAGGUGUCUUUUAAAAUACCAGAUUGCUUUGCUUUUAAUUCAAAUAUAUGUAGCUGU